AUGGCACCAUCAGCAUCCGCCGGAGGCAAGAAGCAAAAGAAGAAGUGGUCGAAGGGAAAGGUCAAGGACAAGGCCGUCCACGCCGUCGUUCUCGACAAGACCACCUCCGAGAAGCUCUAUAAGGAUGUCCAGUCCUACCGAUUGAUCACCGUCGCAACCCUCGUCGACAGACUAAAGAUCAACGGCUCCCUUGCCCGAAAGGCCCUUGCCGACCUCGAGGAGAAGGGUCAGAUCAAGAAGGUUGUUGGUCACUCUAAGAUGAACAUCUACAGUAUGUCAACACUCCUACCAGACCUACAGCACGCUUGA